AUGGCAUCUCAAGAGUCGAGCAAGAUCCGAAAGUCGAGUGACCCGCCACUCGCACUCUCGCCUAUCAUCCUAGGGGGAGCCACCUUUUCGAACAUCUACAACUCGGAUGAUGACUUGAAAAGAAAUACGCCGGAGUCGACCCUGCUAUUUGCACUUCGCAACGGAAUCAAUGCCGUCGACACCGCGCCCUAUUACGGCAACAGUCAAUCAAUCAUUGGUCAGAUCACUUCCAAGCCCGAGUUCCGUGCCGGAUUUCCUCGAAGCUCAUAUCAUCUUUUGACCAAGUGCGGAAGAUAUGGCCCCAAGGAUUUUGAUUACUCGCCCGAACGAAUCAGACGCUCGGUCGAAGAAAGCUGCACCUUGAUGGGUACCGAUUAUUUGGACGCGGUUUACCUUCAUGAUGUCGAAUACGUGGCAGAAGAUCCUGAUGGCUUCAAUAAGGGUGGCCACUGUGGAUCAUGUUCUGAUAGUCAAGAUGCUCAGCUGGAUCCCGCGCCGGUGACUGAGAAAUAUACCCAGAGCUACGGUCCUGGUGACGAUACCGUGGUACUUGCAGUCAAGACGUUAUUCCAACUCAAAAAGGAAGGUUUGAUACGUAGGGUAGGAAUCAGUGGUUACCCGCUUGCGACUUUGUUGAGAAUGUCGCAUCUCAUCGUUGCCCAACUUGAUUGUCCGUUGGAUCUAGUGAUGUCAUAUUCGUGUCUGACUCUUCAAAACAGCGCCUUAGACAGCUAUCUCCCUUACUUCCAAGAUUCUGGAGUCGUUCAAAUCAUCUCAGCCUCUCCACUUGGGAAUGGUUUACUGACCUCCCGAGGCCCUCAAGAUUGGCAUCCAGCUCCCCAAACUCUUCGCCAAGCAAUCAAGGACGUUACUAAAACUAUUCAAACAGAGUAUCAGCUAUCCAUCGAACAUCUCUCACUUCUUUACUCGAUGUAUUUCCCCCAUACCGUCAUUGGGUUCUCAUCUGUCGAGGAAGUCAAGACAGCCUUAGACGUCCUCGAAGAAAUCCAGAACCCCAAAGAUACUACUCGUGUCUCCUCCGCUCAAGCUGCAGUGAAGGAUACGUUGAAAAAGUCCGGAUUCUUGAAUUGGUCGUGGCCCUCACCAUCCGACUAA